UCCGUGCAUUGGACGGCCACAGAUCGGGCAUUUUGUAGGGUUUGUAUCGAAGAAAUGGAGCUUGUGGCAGCGCCACAGGCGGUGCCGCUCGCCAGGAUCUCCGGCGCUGCGUCCACUUCGUCGGCAUUGAGCAAGGGAUUGAGCGUGAGAAGCCCCGCGACGACGGCCUUCUUUGGAUGCAAGCUCCAAUCGCUGCCACUGCAGUUAGCAGGGCGCCAAGCGCGAUCGCUACAGGUAUGCGCGAGUAAGAAGACCUUCUCAUCCUUCGAUGAGCUCCUGCAAAAGUCGGAUCGUCCCGUGCUCGUCGACUUCUACGCAACAUGGUGUGGUCCGUGCCAGUUCAUGGUUCCCAUCCUUGGUGAAGUCCAAACAGCAAUGAAGGAUGAGAUCACUGUGGUAAAAAUCGAUUCGGAGAAAUACUCGGACUUGGCGAGCAAGUACAGCAUCGAGGCUCUUCCAACAUUCAUUCUCUUCAAGAACGGCUCGCCUGUGGAUCGUUUCGAAGGUGCUCUACCGGCAGCAAAGCUGAUGGAAAGGAUCCGCGGGGUCUUAAGCUCUUGCAAGGCAGGCGUCUAAAACGAAAGUUCGUGCCUGGUAUCCAUUUUUUAAAGGAUUCAAUCUUAUAGAAGUUUGCUUGGCUUCUCCUUCAGAAACAAUAAAAUAAAAUGCAACAGUCGGAUCGCGAGAAA